UUGUUUCCUGCAAAAAGAUGGAAGCAACUAAGUCUAGAAUAUAUCCUUUCCUUAUUGUUUUAUUGUAUGCAUAUACAUAUAUAAAGAAACCUGUUGGUAGUUGUUGUCAUGCUUUGUGGUCCAGAAGGGUAGCAUCAACAAUUGGUUAGAUUAUCCUAUUAAACAAUUUCUUAUUUGUUCUUCACCUAUAGGGUUAGAUUGUUUUUCAAGUGCUAUUUUCUUUUUCAAACAUACAACUUUCAAGUCCUGAAUGCAAAUUCCCUUCCCAAAGAAGUCCAUAAUACAGGUUGAUGAACAUGAUUGUAAAGUUCAAUUUGGGAGGAGCUUGACUGCAGUAAGAGUUUUUAUUUUUGAUGGCCAAGAACUGCAGUAAGAUGAAUGAUGUAUGAAGAACUCAACAUUGUGGUAGCACAAGGCAUUGAUACUUCACUCAAUCUCCUGCUGUUGAUAGCAAUCAAGGAGAUUUAUCUCAACCAAUCGUUUCACCUUACCGUUGUUCUUAAUAUAGCCUCCUUGUCCUUUGAGAAGCUUUCAUGAAAACAUUUUCCAAGUUAGGUGAAGAAAAUAUUUUCUUAGAUUGAAUUUGUUGACAUUAUGCCUCUCACGAAUCAAGAUUCUGAAUGCCAAUUGAGAAGUCGUUGAUUGAAAAGUGAGUGCAUCAUCACCUGCUGCCACCGAUUGAAAAGACAAUUGAUUCAAUAAAGUGAACAAUGAAAAAGUUAGGCAACUGUAUAUCCCAAGAAAAGCUUACUGAUAACUUUGUUCCAACUUAUCUCACCUCCUUAAGCUUUCUUUCUGCUCCAAAAGCUCCUGCUGAAUUGAAUGCAAAAGUUGGCACUCUAAAGAUGGUGAAGCUAACCUUGGUUGGAAGGUUGAGGGAUGGACUGCCUAUGUCACAAGCACCAGCUCACUUGAAUGAAGAUAAUCUUGUCUUGUCAUCCUACAAGUAUAAGGCAGAGCUUGUGCUCAAGGAGAUCUCAAGAGGAGCCUUGACAAACCCCAAGAUGACAGUCCUUAUUGAUCACCAUUGUUUCCAUUGUCUAGUUGGAGAUGGAAUUUGCUGCAUCGCCCUAUGUGAGUCAUGGUACCCAAGGAAAUUGGCAUUUUACUAUCUUCAGGAUCUCCGAAAUGCACUUGCGAAGGUUGAUAGGAGAGUUUUAGAGUCAUUCUCAGAGCCAUAUGCAUUUAAAAGAUUUGAUUAUGUCAUUGGCAAAAUCAGAGAGAGAUAUUUGGACACAAGAACACAGGAGAAUUUAUUUAAGUUGAAUUCUGAUCGCCGAAAUGAUCCUGAUAUUGCAACGGAGGAAUUAGCCAACAUAAUGAGGAGCUGCCAUUCAUCAGGAUCUGAAGCAAGAACAUCUGCCAGUGCUCAGACGAAGUCGACAAUUUGGAGCUCACAAGUUCUUGAGGUGAUUGCCCUGAAAUGGACACCAAUAACAAUUAUUGUGGCCGUAAUUGCAAUACUCGUUUGGACGCGUAUUGUCCUGAACGAGUACGAUAUGUUAACAGCAUGGUGAUUUGAGGUAUAUAUCCAUCCUGUGAUGACUCAAAGAUCCUCCAAGGGAUUCAUGGAGAAGAAGAGUGGAGAAUGGAAAUGCUCUGGUUCAUGAAGAACCCCUCUUCCUCAACAAAGCAAGUCAUCACUUUACUGUAAUGGUUAACUUGCUUGUCAGCUAAAAUAACCAUUGAGAGAAUUGAUGUUAUUCAACAUGAUUGUUAAUAUUUCCUGAGAGAAUUUGGAUUCUGCAAUUUCAUUAAAUUGAGUUGAUGUGAUUUUGUUUGGAGACUGAA